GAGGUACUGUUAUUUGAGGAGAAGCGUGAUAUACAGCGGCGGCGAUUGAACAUUCGAAAAAUGGCCGUAAAUCGACGAAGUGCAACAAGGACGAUCACGGGAGAUGCUAAAAACAAGGGCGAAGAUACAGUUGAGGACUAG